AUGGAAGGGACGACAAUACCACGCAAUACCAAUAUCUCGACGUCAGUUCCACACCAAACACAGCAGCAGCAGCAGCCGCCUCAGCCCCCGAGUCCGGAGCCGCAAAUAGAAACAGCGACCGCUACGCCAGCGGCAUCAGACACAGAGCCCGCUCCUCCUACGGCGGACCAGGGAUCAACCCCAAAAGAAUUCUCUGACAUGUCCAUGCACCCUAUCAAGUUCCUCACACAGAAUGCCCAGAGGGAGUUUGACCAGACUGUAGCGAGGCAGUCAACCACGUUGGAUAGAAACGACGUUCAGAUGAUUGACGAGUUUGACAAUGUCCAUGACCUCAUAACUCCGUUCUGGGGCUUGAAACCAGCAACCAUUCGCAGCCGCGCAAAAGAGGCUCUGGGCUACGACAAUGCCCUCCUCGGCAUCGCGAUCCGCGACCACACAGUGGCAUUUAGCACUGGGGGGCCAGAUUGGCAAAGAAAUGCCACUGUGGGAAUGCUCGAAAACAUGCUUCCCUAUCUUCCCGAUAUGAAUCUCGCGUUCAAUCUUCACGACGAGCCGCGAGUGGUGCUGCCGCACGACGACUUGACGCGCCUCGUCGACAAAGCGCGCCGCGUGGCCAUGCCGGCGGCAGCAAAUCAAAAACUGCCCGCCAAUGACUUCACGGCAACUGCGUCGGAGCUUGGCGAGAAGCAGAGGUUUGAUGAGACCAAGCUGACCCGCUUCAACAACAUUCACCGCGAAGCGACCUGGACCAACUCGCGGAUGUCCUGCGCCCCGGACAGCCCCGCGCGGACACUCGAGGACGACGACAGCGCCAACGACGACAUGCGCAGGUACGCGCUGAGCGCGGCUGGCUUCGUCGAUAACGUUACUGCCAUGUCGGACAUUUGCUCGACGCCGUCGCUGCGGCGGACGUACGGCUUCUUUGACCGCCCUAACAUGUUCAAGGUGACGCACGACCUGUUCCCCGUCUUCUCGCAGUCCAAGAUCUCAUCAUACGCGGACCUUAUAUACCCGUCGCCGUGGUACUGGUACGGCAAGGUCAAGUACAACGAGACGCUGGACGUGCCCUGGGUCGACAAGAAGGGCAAGCUCUUCUGGCGUGGCUCUACGACCGGUGGCUUUAGCCGCAACGGCGGCUGGCGGCGGCAGCACCGGCAAAACUUUGUCGAAAAGAUAAACAGUGCCACCGAUACCCUCAUCUUCACCGAGGGCGGUGGUAGCGGAAGCCAACGGUGGACCGGAGAGCAGGUCCCGCGCAGCGACCAUCGGCGGCUGACCGACGUGCACUUUUCGCAUGUAGGGCAGUGCGAUCCGGGCGACUGCCAGGCGCAGCGGCAGUUUUUCAAGAUCAAGGACGUCGUCGACAUGCAGCACGCGUGGCGCUACAUGUUCCUGCUCGACAUGGACGGAAACGCCUUCAGCGGGCGCUUCUACGCGUUCCUACGCAGCCGCAGCCAGGUCUUCAAGCUUGCGGUCUUUCGUGAGUGGCACACGGCCGGCUGGCUGCGCCCCUGGCUGCACUACGUGCCGCUCAGCAUGCAAGGCGGCGACUGGCUUGCGGCCGCGCACUACUAUGGCGCUACGGAUGAGGGAUCGGCCGCGGCAGAGGACAUGGCUACGGUGAGUAGGGAGUGGGCGGGCCGUGCGCUCCGCAAGGUCGAUAUGGAGGCCUGGUUUUUUCGGCUGCUGCUUGAAUACGCAAGAGUCAUUGAUGAUAAUAGAGAGGUUAUUGGCUUUGACAUGGCCAGCGCGGAUAAGAAGCUUCCUCUACAGGCGCAGCCAAACGAUCCCAAACGAAACUAG